GCAGUCCCAUGCAUUUCCGCUCGCUGUAUUUGUAAACCUCUACAAACUGGACUUGCUGGCUUGUCUUCUGGCGAUCGUGGCUCAAACACCGGCAUGCACGCGCCACGCGUGCACAGCAAGUCUGGCCUAUGGCGCACAAGCCACUUAAACAGCGCCACUGGCUCACGGCUAUGCGUUGGCGCCGGCGAGGGGCUGUCGGCGUGGCGCGGCCAGGUGUCGGUGCAACACCCCGUCAGGGUCGCGGCAGCAGCGGGCCCAUCACCCGCCCACUCCGACAGCCGCGGUGUGCCUAGCACCGCGGCCACCCAGCCACCCCGCAAACUCCAGACCACAUCUGCCGCCUCAGCAUCAGCAGCGGCGUUAACACCAGAUGCGUGCAGGCACGCUCGUGCCACUCUGGCCAGCUUCCUCGCCGCCGCCGUAACACUGACUAGCCCAUGGGGGCCGCUGGAUGCCGCCGCCGCUGUUGCCGCCACUGCGGCCACGCCCGCGGCUCCGACAGCGGCUGUUGCGCCUGCUACUGCUGCUGUUGCGGAGGGCCUGGCUGCUGCUGCCGCUGCCCCUGCGGCGACCACGGCUCCCGGCGUGCGCUUCACGGGGCCCGAGGUGCUGCAGCAGCUGCCGCCCCUGCCCGACACCUUCCCGCCGCUGCCGGAGCUCAAACUGCCCAAGUACACCACAGCCACGCUGCGCAACGGCCUGCGCGUGUUCCUGCUGCGGGACGACGAGGUGCCGCUGGUGCGAGCCACACUGCUCAUGCGGGGAGGCCAGUACGGCAGCCCGCCAGACAAGGUGGGCACUGCCACCCUGACGUCGUAUGUGCAGCGCGCCGGCGGCAGCACCGCCCACCCGGCCCCGGGCCUGGACACGCGGCUGGAGGAGCUGGCGGCGGCCAUUGAGCUAGGCGCGGGGCAGCAGGCGCUGAGUGCGGACAUGAGCUGCCUGGCCGAGGACGUGGAGGAGGUGAUGGGCCUCAUGGCGGAGGUGGUCAGGUCUCCCGCACUGCCAGCCGACAAGCUGUCGCUGUACCAGGCGCAGCUGUACAACGCCCUGGAGCACCAGAACGACUCGCCCGCGGCAGUGGCCCGCCGCAAGAUGACCAAGCUGCUGUAUGGGCCAGACUCCAUAUACGCGCGCACACCCACCAAGGCCAUGGUGUCCUCCAUCACUGUGGCCGACCUGGCCGCCUACGUGGCCACGUGGGAGCGGCCCGACGCCGCAGUGCUGGGCGUGGUGGGAGCCUUCGAGCCGCGCAGCAUGAUGGCACUCAUUGAGAAGGAGUUCGGGGACUGGGCGCCCGCGCCGGGGCAGCCAGAGCAGCCGCCGCCCGUGCCUCGCGGCCCGGCGCCCGCGCUGCCGCCGCAGGUGGAGGCGGCCGCGGCAAGCCGCAGCGCGGUGGCGGCGGCCGGUACGUCUUCGUCUUCAUCUGCUGCUGCGGCCGGCACACCGGCGGCUGUGGCGACCGCCGCUGGCGCCUCGUCGUCGGCGCUCUCUGCAACGACCCAGGUCGCGUCAGCGGGCGGUGCACCGGAGGCGGGGGCGGGGGCGGCGGACAGCUCUGCAGGGGCGGCGGCCACACAGGCCGAACAGGCCGCACAGGCCGCACCCGCGCCUGCACCCGCACCCGGCGGCGGCCGGCCCAAGCGGCCCAUUGUGUAUCUGGUGGACCGGCCCGGGCUGACGCAGGCCAACGUGCUGCUGGGCGAGCCCGGCAUCGCGCUGUCCGACCCGGACGUGUUCGCGCUGGACGCGUUGGGCGGCGUGUUCAACAGCUUCGGCGGCCAGCUGUUCGACACGCUGCGCAGCCGCGAGGGGCUGGCCUACAGCGUGUCUGGCGGCUGGGACAGCCCGCCAGACCACCCCGGGUUGUUCCUGGCAGGCGGCCAGACAUCAGCCCCCGGCGAGUUCCUGCGGUCGCUGCGGCAGCUGCUGGGCCGCGCCGCCGCCGAGCCGCCCAGCCUCAAGGAGCUGGAGGCAGCCAAGGCUGAGACGCUCAACUCGUUCGCCUUCAACUUCGCCUCCAGCUCCAACCAGCUGCAGCGCAUACUGGUGUACGACCUGCUGGGGCUGCCGCAGGACUACCUGUUCCGCUACUUCCGCGGCAUUGAGGACGUCAGCCGCUCCGACGUACUGGCGGCGGCGGCAGCGCACCUGCACCCCGAGAGCCAGGCGGUGGUGGUGGUGGCGGACCGGGAGCUGGCGGCGCCGUCGCUGGAGGCGGCCGGCUUCGAGGUGGUGCCCAUGAGGCUGGAGGACGCCUGAGGACAGAGGCGCGGCGGCUUGAAGUUGAAAGAAGGAGGCGGAUCCAGGAGGGGGCGGGAAAGGGUUGUGAGGAUGUGGUGUUGGGUGUGGUGGCUGACCAUGAUGUGUGGACGGGGAGAUGGCGGUGCUUGCAAGCGGAGCGGAGGGGCGGGGGGGUCCGAGGGAAACACGAAGGGCCGCUCUGAGGAGUGACCGCCCCAGGCCUGUCGUGAAACAGUGGUGUCACUUAACAGGCGCCCUUGCCAGAAUCCUUUGGCGCAUUGCAGUCAGCAUUAUUAUAUGUACUUCCCGGUGCAUCGGGGGUGGUUUAUCGAGGAGCAAACGAUGGAGGCUUGCAACUGGCCUGUCGCGC